UCUGAAAAAUUGGUUCUGGUUUUUUCGUCGAGCUAGGCUCACUAGGUUAGGUUAGCGUUGUUGUGGUCGCGACUGGGUUUCUCCAGCCCUGUUUCCGUUACCUUUAUUCUCUCUCUAUAACGCCGAUCUCCGUUACUAGUUAUUUACCGGCUCGUCCGAGUGGAGGGACUGCUUUCCCCCGCUCUGACGGCUCCGUGAGGUGAAGAUACCGCUUUACAGACGUUUCCCCGCGGAGAAUCGACAGCAACAGUGCCGUCAGUCAUGCAGUCCUGCAGUUCUGCUCACUGUAUCCUGAUCUUACUGACCAUCACACUCACUGCUGUGUCUGAAUCAGCUGUUACUCCAGUGAAGGUGAAUCUUCAUGACUCUGCUACUCUGCCCUGCUCUGAGAGAUGCUCUGGUUUGGUCAGAUGGACUGUGUUCCAUAAACCCACUGAUGCUCUGGCUGAGUGUGAUCAGACUUCAUGUAGAUCAGUGAAGGAGGGAUAUCAGAUGAUCCAUGAUCAGUACCUGAAGGGGAAUUUCUCUCUCACCAUCACUGACGCUGAUUUCACUAAGAAACACUGGUACACGUGUGACUGUGAUGGUAAAGAUCUCUGUGAUGUGAAUCUUCAGAUUGAGGCCUUAAAAACUACCGUUCAGAAAAAAACAGGUGAAUCUCUGAUGCUGAAGUUGGACAUACCAGAGGAAGUGGAGGUGAUUUAUAACAGCACAGGUGCAGCUGGGUCAUCCAGUGGUCAGAUCUGUACAGUGAAUGGACGCUCAACAGACUGUAAACCUGAAUACGCAAACAGAGCAUUUCUAACGUCUGCUCUUGAGCUGAGAGCAGUGACUCCAUCUGAUAGUGGAGUUUACACUGUAAUGGACAAAAGGAAUGAAGAUGCUGUUCAUGUCUUCACAGUGACCGUCCAAGAUUGCGAGCCGUGCAUUUGCAAAGAGGGAGCUGCUCUGCCUGGAUGGGUGGUUCCUGUGCUGGUUGUGCUGGCUGUGGCAUUGGCUGCUGUUCUCGCUGUGUGUGUGAUAUUAGUGGUGAAGAACAAACAGCUGCAGAGUAAAAAUCAGCAGCAUCCAGAAGCAGCUCAUGGAAAUGGAAAUGCUAACCAUGUUCCAAUGACUGUCCUGGGUAAUAACGGUGCAGAAGAACAGCAGAGACUGGCAGAGCCCAGUAAUCACCAGGCAGACUAAGAGAUUAUUCUGAAUCUUUGCUUUUCUUUCUCCUGCUCUCUCUCUCUUGCUUUUCCAUUCCUAGGGCAUGUAUGUGAGAGUGGAUGUUUAUGUGUGUCAGUGUGGAGAGUCCAGCACUGUCUGCUGUUCAUCAGCAGAGCUUUGGAAGUUUUCACUCUCAACCCCUUAACAGGCCAAAGUUUUACUGCACACUUCUAGAACUUCUCAGAGCAGCUCAGCUAGUUCUGCAUUGAAGUCCCAGUUCCAGUGCAGUUACUGAGUAAUAAUCCUUAGUAUGUUAUAACCCUGGGAUUUUAAGGGGCUAAACUGAAGGUUCUCUAAAUCUUAAGUGCUCUUUGACUGCCAAGAACUUAAUAGAGAAAUGCCUGUGUUUCUUAGUGAGAGUCAGAUCUGAGUAAUCGGUUACUCACCUUUACACUGGACUGUUACUGUGGACAGACUGUUCUCUAGUGAAUUCGACAAUGUGAAGUUUUUUCAGAAAGGGAUCAUCAGUAUCUAGUUCUCAUCAGUAUCUAGUUCUCAUCAGUAUCUAGUUCUCAUCAGUGUCUAGUUCAGUAAGUUUGGGGAUGUUACACUGGCCAAGUAUUUAAUUCAGAUAAAAACUGAACUGGGCCUCAUUUCUACAGUGCAGCUAAGUGGGAAGCUUGUUUAAUCAGGUCUGUAAAAUUUUGUUCCCAUGGUAGAGAGUGAUGGGUGACCUUCUGUGGAGCUCCACCUUCUAGGACUCUUAUUGUACAAGUGCAGCUCAUGUGAAUCCCAGGUUCAGUGUUGGUACUACAUGAGGUCCAAGUGAGCAGAAGUGGUGGUGAUGCGGACCGAAGCCAUUUGUGACCCAGAGUCCAAGAGAGCAUCCCUGGAUGUUGGGAGCUUGUUGAGCUCCAGUGCUGGUGUGUUGGCAUCACUUUGAAAAGAUGUGGUGGAGCUUGGUAGUAUCAUGUGACGGGGGGCCUAGCUAAUGGGGGAAUUGAGUAUAACUAAAAUAGAGAGAAAAGAAAAUGAGGAAUCAGGGAGUGAAGGAACAAAAGUGGAGUGAAGGGAGUUGGAGUGCAGCCUGAUGACCAGUUGAUGGCUAAAGGACAGUUAUGGACUGCAGAUUGGAUUCCUGAUUGGAUGUUUAAUUGUUUUUAACUGCAGUAAACAAGCUUUAGACAUUUCUUCUCUCUUGCUCUGCCCCUUUUACUUACACAGAUCAAAGAAUAAGCUCACUGUAGCUUUACUGCACCUUGGAUUAGAAGAAGAAUAAUGUAUUACAUGAAUGUGUUUUUCAGUGGGCAUGUUUACAUACACAGCUACCUGAUGUAAGAUCAAAAACACCCAUAAGGCAUAAUCCCUUUAAUCAGCAUUUCAUUUCCCCACACAAAUGUCUGUCCAGCAGUUGCUCUUAAAGACAUCUGGAACACCAGUCCUUCCCUUCAGAGUAAGCCUGGGUCAGUAUACACAGUGAAGGUCUCCACACUGGUUACGGUGCCAUUUAUGAGGGGCACAACAAAUUCAUGGUUGGCCUUAAUCUGAAUUUCAGUCCUGCAGACGAGGGGGGAGUAAAGAUACAUGCAUAAACGAGAAUAAAUGAUAACUGCAGUAUUUGGGAAGCAUCAUUCAAACUGCAAUAAGAGAGACACCAGCUUGAUAGUAGUAUAAAACAUAAAUGAAACCAGCAUAAUUUUGAUAUGCUAAUGUCCACCAUUCAUGUCUUUGGUGUUACAGUGAGCUGGUUGAUACUGCCAUGUUCAGAUUUGGACUCAGCUCAUUGAUACACAAUGCUGGUACUGAUAUUUAAAAUGAAAAUGAAAUGCAGAAAAGCCUGACUAUAAUCACGUGCUGAAUGAUAUGAACAUGCUGGAGUGGGUCGCGUAUUGAGCUGGUAGUUCAGCAUUUAAACAAUGUAACUGCAUUAGAUGUCAUGAUAGGAUGACCAUUAACCCAUUUUAAACUGCGAAGUCGUGAUUUGAUGCAUUAUUACGCCUCUAGCAUCCGAAAUACUUCCAAUCCUUAAUUGCACGUAACUGUCUUCUGCGCAUUAAUGAUGAGAUCAUCACUCUCACUAAAGCCGUCCUCUAUAAACUCUCAUUACUUGGAGCAGCAUGAUGAGAUUAGAUUCAUAGGCCCAGUGCUGAAAACCACAGCUGGGUGUCUGAGAGGUGUCUGAGAGGUGUCUGAGAGGUGUCUGAGAGGUGUCUGAGAGGUGUCUGAGAGGUGUUUGAGAGGUGUCUGAGAGGUGUUUGAGAGGUGUUUGUUGGUGGCUCAUUUAUUUUAAGAUUGGAAUAAUGAACGGAAAGGUGAGCAGUGGUUUUGUAUUGGUCAGUGAUAUAAGUGGGCGGUCUAGAGUCACUGGAGCUAAUUGCACUGCCGCUACUGCUCGUCACUGCAGAUUAAUCUGCUGCUAUUGCUUUCUGAUUGUGUGCUCUGCUUUGCUGUACUUUUAAAUUCUUAUCUUUCCUGCCAUGAAGAUAAGAUUAUAAUUCAGCUGGCAGAUCUGAUGCAGGGAUUUUUUUAAAAAUAUUUGCUUUUAUGCCUGUAAAUGCCUUUUGUUUUUGCAGGGUGUUCUCAGUAUUAUGAAGGAUGUUUUUAUUACUUUUUGCCGAAGCUGUUUGUCUAUAAAUGCGAAUGCUUUCAGUGAGGUAGCUUGAGACCUCUGUGUGAAUAUUUUGUUAUGUGUAUAAAUGUUUCUGUGCCUGCUUUAAUUUCAUUUGUGUAAUUCUGUGCUGUGUUUUAUGAGGCUGAAGUAAGACAACAGAACACCUGUAAGACUGAACCGAGUGCCUCAGGCCUGUUUCACACACUCUCAUUCACUCCCUCUGUGUGCCCUGAGUGGCUGCAGGUCAGACACGCCUGCAUUUACAUUUACGGCAUGUAGCAGACGCUCUUAUCCAGAGUAACCUACACUUUGAUCAUUUUACACAGGUAGGUGAAGGGAGUGCUAGUGUAAACUACAGCCAUACACACAUCCAUCCAUGCCAGCUGGAUAACGGUCAUAUCAGUUACUUCACAUAAGAAGAAGUAGCUCUAUCAGAAGAUGUGUAUGUAGCAUAAACUGGUGUGUAAUUGAGGGAUAACAGAAUGUGUUAUUUAUUUUAUUUGUUUCUUUUUUCAUUGGUUCUGUAGUUCUUUUCUUUUUAACGUGGGAAUUGAAAGCAAAAAAGUCAUUCAGAGCAUGUAGAGGUGAAUGUGUGUGAAACAGGUCCUCAACACCAUCAAACUGUCAGUGCACUGAAUCUAAAUGUACACAUGGCACAUUUUUGUAGUUUUUUAUUACCGUCGAAUUAAACUUUUCUUUUUAA